CUCCUGUCCGAAUCCGACCGUUUCCUCGACCGCAAUGGUGAGUUUCUUAUCAAGCGCUUCGAAUGUUUUAUAAGGCGGUAGAUCCAGUCGGUUGAAGCUACGUGGUGUUAGUUUACAUUUGCAUCCACAUGUGAUUUGGAGGGGAAGUCUCGCGCACCAUGUAUGUGACUUGGGUAAUUGAAUCCUUGAAACCAUUGACGGGGAUACGCGAAGUACCCGUGGCGAACUGCAACAAUCGCGACUUCUGUUCGGCGUCCCAGCUUCGGAUGCACUGCAAGGUAACUAUAUCCGCGGUAGUCAGUGUGCUUCUUCCAGUCGUCAACAUCGAUAUCCGCGAUACCACCGAUCAGAAGCUCCAACUCUCUCUCGUCGAACACAUUGACCAACUCUGGAGGAAUCAAUUCGUUGAAGCCGGAAAGGAAAGCGUUGAACUGUUCCUCGACCCGUUUCUGGAUGCGCCAUUCGGUUAUAAGACUGUAGUAGUUAGAGAAAUGAUGACAAUAUCUGGAGCACUCCCACCACUUACUCGACGUAUUCCUUCUUGUUCUCGUUUGUCACCUCGAUCUCCUCACCACCCGGUUUCAGCUCAAUACUGA